AUGCCGCUGACAACUUCUCUCGCCGCAGUCUGGGCUGAGGCUUGGAUAAUCGCCGUUACGUCCAGCGUUGAACCAGGCUGUCAGAACGGAUACAUCACAUUCGAGGUCAUCACGGGUUCAGUGUACAGUGCACCGUCGGACACGAUCGAGCUGAAGCCCGGCACGCUGCAGCUCACCGAGUGUCUGAACCACUGCAAGAGAAACGCCACCUGCCAGUCCAUCAACUUCGAGACGGGACUGUGCGUGCUCUUCACGUCGAGCGCCACCGAGAGGCCGGCCUCCCUGGCCGUCUCCCAGUUCCCGGUCUUUACGCUCUACGCCCAGAAGAUCUGUUUAUUCGGCAAACGGCGAUGCCGCCGCGACUGGAUGUUCGAGCGCGUCACGGGUUACGAGCUCAGGGACCUGGCGAGGAAGACCCUCCGAGCAUCGUCGAGGGAACAGUGCAUGGACCUGUGUUUGGACGAGCCCGAGUUCGAGUGUCGGUCGGCCAACUACGAGCCUUCAUCGGGAGACUGCGCCCUCAGCGACAUGGACCGACAUUCGGUGGUUGGCGACCGCUACUUUGUGCCUUCGUCCGAAACCAACGAGUACCUCGAAAGCAAUUGCGUUGACGAUCCAGUCCGCCUGUGCGAGUUCCGCAGUGUGAACGGCAAGAUCCUGAAGACCGUGGACGCCGUCUUCCAGAACAUCACGACGCUCGAGGAUUGUCGUCGCGUGUGCCUGCACGUGCCGUACCGCUGCCACUCCUUCGACAUGGGCGACCCGGCCAACAGCGUGUGCCGCAUCAGCCACCACGCCAGGGCCUCGCUCUCGCACAUCGACAGCCCGUACCUGGAGAUACCGGGGGCCACCACCAACGAACUGGCCGCCUGCUACAACGUGACCAUCCAGUGCAAGGCUCGGGAAAUGGUGGCCAAGGUGAAGACCAGCAAGGUCUUCAACGGCAAGGUGUACGCCAAGGCUAGGCCCAACUCAUGCGUCACGGACGUGGUCAACAGCCUCGACUUCCAGAUUCGGAUGGCCUACCACGAACUCGAGUGCGACAUCAAACAGGAGAGCCUGGGCCAGUUCUCGACCGACAUCGUGAUCCAGCACCACGACAUGAUCGUGACCAAUCAGGACCUGGGCCUCUCGGUCCACUGCCAGUACGACCUCACCAACCGCAGCGUUUCCAACGGGGUCCAACUGGAGGUCGACGGUCGCGAAGUGGAGACAUCUCAGAGUCAGCUAGCAACAGUGAGCUCCCCCAACGUCACCAUGAGGAUCACAGACCGUUUCGGAGAAGACGUGUUCACAGCGGAGGUUGGAGAUCCACUGGCGCUACGCUUCGAGAUUGUCGACAGCAACAGUCCGUACGAGAUCUUUGUGCGGGAGCUGGUGGCGAUGGACGGCGUGGACAGCAAUGAGAUUCUCCUCGUGGACAGCUUAGGAUGCCCCACGGACCGCACCAUCAUGGGACCCCUGCACAAGGUGAACGACGACGGCAAGGUGCUGCACGCGCCUUUCGACGCCUUCAAGUUUCCCACGUCCGAGAUCGUGCAGUUCAAGGCCCUGGUGACGCCCUGCCUCCCGACCUGCGAACCGGCCCACUGCGCAGACAAGGUACAGGGAGCCUACGGACGGGAGGUGGACUCUUUCGGCAAGCGGAGACGACGGUGGACGAAGGAUGCUGCGUCGAGGGCUCGUGGAGACGACGACGAGCUGGUGGUCGUUCAGACCAUCCACAUCACCGACAAGUUUGGUUUCGCUCGGAGCCAGCGGAGGAACGACGACAACAGCAUCGACGGAACCCUGAAACAAGACACGAUGCUCAUGUCGACUGACGGUUCGGGCUGCGUCAACGUCAUCGGCCUCAUCGUCGCCUGCUCGCUGUUCCUGAUGGCUCAAGUUGUCCUCCUCCUGGUCUGGGGAUGCGUCUGGCAACGACGGCGAAAAACCAAACUCGAGGAGAGCGUGACUCCGAGCAUCGACAUCCUUUACUCGUCAUCUAGGCAGCGCAACAGCCUUUACGAAGGUCACACAUCUGAGAAUCCGAACGACGUCGCAGCGUACAACGGUGUUUUCAACCAGGCUCAAGAGCCCAUGCGACGCCAUUUCUGA